UACAUCGGUAGCCUAGUCAUUGUGUCGUGUGUAUCACGGUCGCACCAUCGCCAGGUUCCCUCGCACAGGAAGGAACACACCUUGCUGUGAUGUAUAAGGCUUGUAAACACUUCAAAGGGAGAGUCGUUGUUGUGAUCUAGUGUCAUUGCGAUCUCAUGGUGUUUGUGUAGACAUUGUGGAGCAUAUGUCUGCUUCAUUGCCCGGCGAGGACCGCAGAUAAUGAUGUUCUCUGGAUAACUGAACCAGGAAUUGUCAAGAAUAUUUGAAUAGAGGUCUGUUCGACAGUGGCUCCAGGCAGUUCGAAGAUUUGUAACUUGUUGCUGAAAGUGGAUUAAUAGGGUCUCUGUAGCUUUGAACAAAGCAUUGCUCUCCAGUUGGCGUAUUCCGUUACCAUUGUCGUUCUACGUGAAGUAAUGGAGUAGUUAUUAUAUGGCACGAAUUUUCUGCAAAUCGAAUACAGACCGAUCCUGUUUGUACAACUACGACUGAUUUUGAGAAAAUCCGUCUUUGUUGUGCAAUGUGAUAGUCACGUGAACGAGUGAAACCAGUGAACCCAGUUCUAAUAUGGAUUCCCCCAAGUGCUGGCCGAGGUGACCUAUUGGACGGAGGUGAGCCGGGUGUUGUACCAGCGGUGGAAUCCACCUUUGCAGAGUAAGUGAGUCAGAUGUUGUGUCCGGAGCUGGCCAAACCUCCCCCGCCAAUCAUCAUCACGGCAAACAAUGUGGACGACAUUAUUGUCAGUACGUACCAACGUGACCCCGGUACUCGGGUAACCGUGACCUGCUUCGUGGCUUCCAGCUACACUGUGAUUGGCGACAAUGUGAUCACGUGUCUUAGCAACGGCUCCUGGGACAAACCGUUGCCAAGAUGUGUACCGACAUUGAGAAAUACGCCGUCGCCACCAAUCACGACUACGAGAUCUGUGACAACAGGCGACCUGACUCUCCUCCCACUCAUGGUAGGGGCGGGGCUUGCGGCGCUGGUGUGUUUGUUUCUGGCUUUUCUGAUGUGUUGUGCGGCCUACUACUGGAGACAAGGCGAUCGGAAACAAACAUAUCCCGAAAAAAGUUAUUUCAGAUCCCCAUCACCAGGGACGGUAACGACAGCGCUCUACGACAACAGGAACAUUGCGUAUGAUGACUUCUCGCGAGAAUCCUGGAGAUCAUACCCUCCUCCAGUUACCAUGACAACCAUACGAAGCGUCGAUAGACAAGUGUCACAUGACCGGCGGAUGACCAAUCAGCCCUACCCUGCAUGGUUCUCUAUGCUUCCCAGACAGAACGAAGUGGUUAUGCCGUAUGUGUAAAGACAUGCGGAGUUAUCUCCCUUGAGAUAUAGGACACGUGACCAAACGAUACCAAAUCGUCGUUAUUACUUCACGGGUUCGCGUUCACUGUGUUCCUCCACCACCCGUGAAUACACACGUCCGGCAUGCUGGUUAGUGGUGACGUGUGUCUAUUUUAAGUCAAAUAAUGAAAUAAGGCCGCGUGUAACUCGCGGGAGUCAAAUGAGUCGUUGUGUGAACCCUACAAUUACCAGACAUUACAUCAAACUGAGUGAGUGUGGUUUUACGCCGCAAAAUUCCAGCAAUAUCGGUGUGGGGAGAGGUUGCAGCGAGGUGUAGCAAAUACCACAAGGAAAUGUCAAGCGUCUGGGCACUCCCUGAUCUCGCUUGAACCAGGCCGUUGCUUGAUUCGUUUGUUACAAUAGCCAUUCGUCGCCACUCGCCCCUUUCCGUAAACUACAAGAAGACUCGUCCCCCUAUCAAUGAAUUUUAUGUGCGAAAAUACGACAAACCAAUCAGAAUGCGCGUAUGACCCUAAGUACUUUGGUCAAACAAUUCCUCACGAAUAAUUUUCUACUUUACACAUGUCUUGCAUCUAAAACUAUACCCUAGAUACAGUUAAACAUGUUCAAUCAUACUGUACAAUACCGUAAGUCCCGAUAUGUUUUAAAUAGCAUCGGGAAUGUAUAUGACAUAGCACACUGUGACAAAGCGUAACGCCACUAAGACAGGCUAAUUUGCAUAUCACGUGAUCGGACUUUUCUCUUGAUUGUUUAACACCGCUGCCACAGGCUGAUUUGCAUGUCACGUGACCGGACUUUCCUCUUGUUUGUAAACAAACGCGCUUUUUCAGAAAUCAGAAUAGAUCGUCCCAAUGCAAGUAUUUGGAGGCGCAUUCCAUUUUUGCAUAAUUAUAUAGAUAUGCUACUACAACUGCGACAGUGAGUUGCAUGGCAAUAUAUAUUUACACUUCAAAGUGACCAUAUCGCUAGUUCUCCGUAGGCCUUCGAUGACAGCACGUGGAGCCGUACAACCAUUGUAAACAUAGGAUAACUACGCAAAUGGAAAUAGUUUUUCACGAUUUAGGAUAUUUUAUCAGUGAUACCAUUCUAUGACAUAUGUUUAUCUACAUAUGGAAACUUGUCAAAUUGAAACAGAUGAAAAACAUAUGCAAUAUUUUGAAUGGACUGUGUUAGAUGUGACGAAUCGUCACAUGGCGCUGGCCUGUGGCAGAGGUACUAUGCUGGUCGCAUGGAACUCUUGGUAGGAGAGUGAUGACAUAGGUCAAAUAUUCGUGAAUCAUUACGCAACGAGUUGACAAUUCUUUUAACUAUGCCCGUUUGCGCACAGACGGAACUCAGUCGCAAACAUUGCCAUGAGAGUGACACGAGCUGCUAUUCGACUUGUCCCGGAAUAACACGAAUUGGUCACGAAUGAACAAUAGUUUCACCACUAAGCAGCGGAAUGUAUUUUGUGGUGAUGGAGGAAGUUGUCUUCUGAAACCCGUGGAGUAUGGACGGUGAUACUAAAUAAGGCAGCAACAUCACGCGGAAACGCGUGACAUCUGGAAAGGGUUCCAGCGUAUUGACGCAUCCACCGAAAUGUCUUGAGCUGUGUACGGGCGAGUGAGGAGAGUGGAUGGAGAGGACUAAUACCAGACUGAUCACGAACAGAGACAAUGCUCUCACACUGUGCACUGAACUGGAAUUUCCAGUAAAUAAUCAUAUUUUGGGGAUCAUUUGUAUAGUAUGCAUCGCCAUGACUUCAAGUAUAACUGACAGUUUACCAAACCAUGAGGACGAUAAUUUAUUCUAACGGAGCAGUUGUUUUUGACCAUGGUCGUUUAAUUGGUCUGUGGUGACCUUACUGACGUCAUCUCACUAUUGUGUGAUGGUCUUACUGACGUCAUCUCACUGGUCUGUGGUGACCUUACUGACGUCAUCUCACUGGUGUGUGAUGGUCUUACUGACGUCAUCUCACUAGUCUGUGGUGACCUUACUGACGUCAUCUCACUAUUGUGUGAUGAUCUUACUGACGUCAUCUCACUGGUGUGUGAUGGUCUUACUGACGUCAUCUCACUGGUCUGUGGUGACCUUACUGACGUCAUCUCACUAGUGUGUGAUGGUCUUACUGACGUCAUCUCACUGGUCUGUGGUGACCUUACUGACCACUCAAGUGGUGAUCCAUAUUAAACUUGAUUUUACAUAA